AUGGGAAAUGUGACGUCAAGUGUGGCGGCAAAGUUUGCAUUUUUCCCGCCGGACCCACCCACGUACGAUGUAUACUGUGAUGAUUUGGAUGGGCGGCUGGUGAUGAGUGGUUUAACGGCAGAUAAAAACGUGGACGUGCAUUUGCUUCAGACGAAGGGCGGCAACAAGGUUGUGGCUACGUUCUGGAAGCACCCGACGGGGAGGUUCACCAUUUUGUACUCCCAUGGAAACGCCGCCGACUUGGGACAGAUGCAGGACCUGUUUAUUGAGCUCAGGGCCCACCUCCGCGUAAAUAUCAUGAGCUAUGACUAUUCGGGAUAUGGAGCAUCCACCGGUAAGCCAUCUGAGUUCAACACAUACUAUGACAUCGAGGCUGUCUAUAACUGUUUGAAGAAUGAAUAUGGAAUCAAGCAAGAGGAUGUUAUUUUGUAUGGUCAAUCUGUUGGGAGUGGUCCAACUCUACACUUGGCAGCUCGUUCGCCAAGGUUGAGAGCUGUUGUUCUCCAUAGUGCCAUUCUUUCAGGAAUACGAGUUCUGUACAAUGUCAAGUUGACAUUUUGGUUCGACAUCUUUAAAAACAUAGACAAAAUACGGAACGUAAAUUGCCCUGUUCUAGUUAUACAUGGCACAAAUGAUGAUAUUGUCGAUUGGUCCCAUGGUAAGCGAUUGUGGGAACUUUCUAAAGAGAAAUACGAUCCAUUAUGGGUCCAAGGUGGAGGACACUGCAAUCUUGAAACCUUCCCCGAGUACAUUAAGCACUUGCGCAAAUUUGUAAAUGCAAUGGAAAAACACUCCUUUUCAAAACGAAACAAAGCUCAAUUUAGUGCAGCCCCAAGUAUAACAGAAUCCAAACACAACAAAUGCUUGAGAUUUCCGAAGAGAUAA